GAAGAAGAACAAAGAAAGAAACUCCUGCAAGAGAAGGAGGAGAUGGAGAGAAAGAAGAAGGAGGAGGAAGAGAAAAGGAGAGCGAGGGAGGAGGAGAGGAGGAGGGAGGAGGAACGAGCAGCUCAGGCCAACAGGUCAGACGAGGACAAGCAGAAGAUGAGAGGCGCUCUGGCUUCUCAGCCUGAAGCUGCUCUCAGCCUGAAACUCUCGCCUCCUCCCAGCUCCUCGCUGGCUCACCCUCCUGCUCCACACCGCCCCCCUCUGCUCACACCCGGCACUGCAGCGCAGACUGUCACCCAGUCCCACCCUGCUCCUUCGUCCCACAAAUCAAACUCCGUAAACCUCCACGAGCGUCAGGGGCAACCGUCUCUCAUAAAGGAAAGUUCCCUGUCAAACAGUGUUGUCCCUGACAAGAAAUUAUCUGUCCCGCAAACCGCCGUACCACCGCAUUCAGGCCUCACUAUUCCGCCGUCUGCUCAGGAUAAAGUAAUCACAUUAGACGUCCUGAAGCUGGUGCCUCCGCCACAGAGGCUGUCAGAUGCUGAGAAUCCUCUGUGGAAAGCCCUAGAAGCACUAAGUGGGAAGGACACACCCGAAAAAAUCUCUGCCAAGGAGGUUAUAGCACCUUUGUGCAGAGGGUAAGGAUGGAUGAGGGGACCGCUGUCUGCCUGCUUCUCUGCGUUUCACCCUCCCGUCUGCGUUCAUGUCUGUCUGCCUCUCUGGAAGUUUCUUUUUCUUAAGAUGAACGGAGGAGAAAGUUCAUAUUGAUUAUGCAUCUUUUCAUG